AACUCACAAUGCGGUCAAGAACUGGAUGCUCAAGUGCGAUGAACAAAAGCCAAUAUGCGGACAAUGCACAAAGGCUAGUCGUCAAUGCGUGCCUAGUCCAGGCGUUGUCUUCAGACAUCAGCAGAAUGCAUCAAUGAAUGGAUCGAGCACCAGUAAUGUUGAUGGUGGACUCAAGAGCUUCUAUGGAUACAAGGAAACAUUCGGCAAAGACAGUGUCUGGGUGGCCAUCCCCGUAACCCCGGAUACAUCACACUUCCACACAGUCUCAGAGACUGCUGAACCAGAACAGCGGAUCGACCUCUCCUGGAAUACCACAACCGAGUAUCCUUAUCCAUUUAUGCCAAGUUCGACCCAUGGAUUAGAGGCAUUGUCUGCUGCAGCUUCAGGCGACCAUUACCUCCAAAACUCUGCUCGCCGAAUGGAUGAACCGGGCUCUUUCUCGCCACGUAUAGAUCCAAGACUUGAUACUGAGCUUUCAGAAACCUGCAUGAAUCUAUUCGAGCCCCAGUCAGACUCUGGACCAGGUGACUUCGACCCAAAGAGCGACGAGGACGUGCCCUUCUUACUACGUCACUUCUCAGAAGGUCCGGGUGAAUGGAUGGACUUGUUUGAUCUGGGAUCGUUCUUUGCAGUUGAUGUACCCCUAAAAGCAGCUUCUAGUCCGUUACUGUUAUACGCAUCCAUUGCAUUGUCGGCCAAAGCUCUAGGAAGAACAAGAAUCACGUCACAGCACCCAAAAGGUUCCGGCUCCAAGAGAACCCCCGCAGAGUGGUCUCACAAGGCUCGAUACUACUACGACCAAGCGAUCACGCUACUCAGACAAGCACUGGAGAAUGAAACCAGACAAGUAUCUGUUGGUCGACAAUCACCAAGCACGGCCGUACUACCAAUAGACGCUGUGAUGGGACUGGGCGUCAAUCAUCGCUCAGAGUCUCCGCCUGUCUUGUCUCGGCCGGACUCUGAUGAAAUGAUUGCCACAACAGCCAUCCUGUGUGUAUUUGAAUUUCUCGAUGCAUCAGGCAUAGAAUGGUCGAGGCAUCUGGACGGUGCUAAGAGUUUGUUCGAUAUCGCGAAAGACGGUACAAUGCCUCUGUCGAACACUGCCCCAGAUCAUAGCCCAAUGCUUACCUUACGGCCAAACACAUCUACAAAGGGGCGUCGGGCUGUAUUUUGGAAUAUCUGUCGACAAGAGAUGCUGAACGCCNUAUCGGAUUGGAAUAUGCUAAUGAAGCUUCCAGUCAUAAACAAUACCAACACUAGACUAGAUACAACCGACCUUUCCAUGUGGCGAUCUGCUGGACUGCACAUCUCACAGUCGGGAUACAUUUCGCCAUCUAACGAUCCUGCAGUGCAUGAGCCGAUGGCCGACGACAUGGUAUCAAAUGCAUUGAUCUGGCUCAUGAUGAAGCUGGUUAAUUUUAUUUCUGCUGGUGACGAGUUUCCACAUGAGAUGGGCUUGGGUGUUCGACAGAUAGCACUCCUAGAAUACUGGCAGGGGCUGGAAAAGCAACUGGAUAUAUGGUUCGAGAUUCCAUUGAAAUGGUUCGCUCGGCCCAUGUGUGCAUCAACGAUGCAAUCAUUCCACUUUGCAAAGAUCCAGCUGCUCCUCAACAAACCUCAUGAAUCGACGGGCACAAAGCACAUCAAGCAACCCGGUACAAGCAGUAAGGGUAAUACGUGGUCUCUAGCUCAGCGGCACGCAUCGUACGCAUCCAUCUUGCGGCAGAGCAGGAAACACGCCGAGGAAAUUGUUAGCAUCGGCCUUGGUCUGAAGAACGACAGCGCGAGGAUUCACAGUGUUCAGCCUUUGUACACGGCUGGUCAGGUAUUGGGCAUGCGAGAUUCCACCGCCAGGAUAACUGCGGUUGGUGAAGGCAAUUCGCUGGAUGAGGUUGAUGCUAUGCGUGGCUGCGUGCUGAAUUUACUGCAGAGCAUCCAGCGAGAGACGGGAUGGGCGACAGAAUAUCGCAUGCAGCAACUGCUCGAAGAGUGGGGUCUGCCAAACGGACAGGAC